AUGUCUCGAAGAUACGAUUCCAGAACAACCAUCUUCUCCCCCGAAGGUCGGUUAUAUCAAGUCGAAUAUGCGCUGGAAGCCAUCUCGCACGCCGGCACGGCAUUGGGAAUUCUAGCACAAGACGGCAUUGUGCUGGCGGCCGAGCGAAAAGUCACGAGCAAACUGCUGGAACAAGACACAUCGGCCGAGAAGCUCUACAUCUUGAACGAUAACAUGAUCUGUGCCGUCGCAGGCAUGACGGCCGAUGCGAACAUUCUGAUCAACUACGCUCGACAAGCGGCGCAACGGUACCUCCUCACAUACAACGAAGACAUCCCCUGCGAACAGUUGGUGCGGCGGCUAUGUGACCUCAAGCAGGGCUACACGCAGCACGGUGGUCUGCGGCCCUUUGGCGUUUCCUUCAUCUAUGCCGGCUGGGAUCCUCAGCGUCAGUUCCAAUUAUACCAGAGCAAUCCGUCCGGUAACUACGGGGGCUGGAAGGCUACGAGCGUUGGCGCCAACAACGCUAGUGCCCAGAGUCUGCUGAAGCAGGAUUAUAAAGAGGACUGUGACCUUAAGGAGGCAUGCGGCAUGGCGGUCAAGGUGUUGAGCAAGACGAUGGAUUCGACAAAGUUGAGCAGUGAGAAAAUCGAGUUUGCGACCGUCGGCAAGACGAAAGACGGCAAGAUCUACCAUCAUCUAUGGUCCGGGGACGAGAUUAUGACACUGCUCAAAGAGCAUGGACUCGCCAAGGAAGAAGAACCCGAGACCGGUUAA